AUGGCGGACAUCGAGUGGGAGGGCAAUGAAAAUACUUCUAAGGAUCCUGACGAGCAGAGGGUCCUACAUGCUGCUCUAAGCUCCUUUUUCCACUACUCGAGAGUAUCUCACUACAAUACUACCCAUCUUAGGAGACAGUCGUUCUAUGCGCUUCCAAGAGCACAUUCGGAAUUGCUGGCCGCUCCUCCGUUCAACUACCUGGAAACGCUGAAUGCUGUUGACGAUGCGAUUGACAGCAAUGCUGAGUUCUCUCUUGCCAUCCUCAAAUCCGGUCUCCAGUCCUUUGGAAUCAAGGACCCAUCAGUCACAUCAGCCGGUAGCAAAGGUAACGAUUGGCAAGACAGGGCCACAACCAGCGACUUUGAGAAGGCAAGAAGCACCCUAAGGCAGUUCUUCAGAGAUUGGUCAGCAGAGGGAUAUUUAGAGCGAGAAGCGUGCUACGGUCCAGUCGUAAAGGCACUUGAGAAAGAGCAGCGAGCUCGUCCAAGAUCGAAACUGCGUGUUUUGGUUCCGGGCGCCGGGCUGGGCCGGCUAGUCUUCGACCUAUGUUGUGCUGGGUUCGAUACAGAAGGCAAUGAGAUUAGUUAUCACCAACUCAUCGCUAGUUCGUACAUCCUUAAUCACAGUCCAAAGGCUGAAGCCCACACACUCUUUCCGUGGGUGCACUCAUUCUCAAACCACAAGAGCCGGGAGAACCACCUCAAAUCUGUCAAAAUCCCAGAUAUCCAUCCCGGUACGGUACUGGGCAAGGUCGAGAAGCCUGGAGCGAUGAGCAUGAGCGCUUCGGAUUUCCUAUUACUGUAUGAGGAUCAGGAAAGCAAAGAUUCGUUUGACGCAGUAGCAACAGUGUUUUUCCUUGACACCGCUCCAAAUGUCAUCCGGUACAUCGAAGCCAUCAAAAACUGCCUCAAGCGAGGAGGACUACUCGUCAAUUUAGGUCCUCUCCUAUGGCACUUUGAACAUAAUUCUCCAGGAGGUCACGGGCGUGAGAAGGACGAAGCUAACACGACCAACGGACAAGGAAUUGCAGAUCCAGGCUCAGUGGAGCUGACAGAUGACGAAGUGGUGGCGCUGAUUGAGAAGCUUGGCUUCGAUAUAGAGCAUAGGGAAGCCGGGAUCUCGGCGCCGUAUAUACAGGAUGUGGAGAGCAUGCUUGAGAAUACCUACAAGGCUAGCCAUUGGGUGGCUAGGAAGCGAUGA